ACGACAUACCUCAGUCCACAAGUGUGAAGUUGUUUUUAUUGUACACAUGGUCGUGUCAAACAGAGUGGGGGUGGGGAACCGAUAAUCGUCGAGGGUUGAUCGUCGCGCCAGCCUACGUCCACGUCGCCGCACGCUGCUCCGCGAUCGCUCGCGGGUAUAAAAGAGCGGAUUGAGAGAUUUACGGGGCUGGCUGCUUUGCCGUGAAAUAGCCUUAUAGUUGCUGACAGGGCGUAAAACGCCAAAUCAACCCCUCCCCAUCUUCAUUGCCGGUGAGACUCGAUCGUGGGGAGAGAUCUUUCACGAACCGUGCGAUAGGAAAACAGUGAACUAGUAAACAUCGAGAAACUAGUAAUACAGUUUAACACAGUGUACGUGCCUCUGCUCGAAGGGAUUUUGAAGGGCAAGCUGCUUCCAAAACACCAGUAGCUGUAAUGUGUUCUUGAUGUGGGUCUCCUGCAGAGUUAUAAGGCUGAUAGUUCGGAGUGACUCACAAAACAUCUUUCUCACUAUCUGGCUGUGUAUUUUUAUGACAGAACAGCGCGAGAUGUUUCGAGGACGUCGACUUGUGUACCCAUUUCGAUAUCCAGUGUUCGGUGGGUAACCACCUCCACCACUGGGACUAUUGCAAUAUUAUAUGAGCUGAGCAGAGACUAAGGUUGUCACCUUUCUGUGCAGAUAACCGUUGGAACAUGUGGUUCUGUGUUGUGAUGUACGACUGUGAGGGAUUAUAACCUUGUUGUCAACAUCCUACGUCUUUAACCAAUGUCGGAGUUACUCGACUUGACUGCCUUCACUCUGACAAGCAGGGUUUGCUGUGCGUUUUGCUGGAAAUCUCACGCAGAAGAAAGUCAACUUACGUACAGACACUUCUUCGUCAUUCAUCUGUUUCGUGACAUACAUACAUCCUAACGUUCUGACGCUUCUCCAACUCUUAACGCAUAAACCACAGGGUUAGCCACAACAGUGGCAGUGAACUACAUGCCAAAAAUGUCUGUCAGAGUGACUCCUGACACGAUGUUAGAGAAAGAGCGCAAAACAAGGAGUCAUAGUUUUUCUUUAAGUUAACUGAAGUUGAUCAAAGGUUUAGGACAAGUCAGAACAAAGGGUUUAAAUUUAAUCAAGGAUCUUAUGGCGUGUGUCCGUCUGUGGCGGUUCCAACCGAACGAAGACAAUAGUUGCGAUCUGUUCGCAGCAAACUGUCGUCUUCCUAAAAAGAUUACAGCUUUAGAGAACAGUUUAACGACCCCAGUUAUGACAUCUGCUGUGGUGCAGUCGUCAGGCCCUUCUCCGUGUGCCUCUAGGAAGACCGUCAACUUAUUUGCUCUUCCUAGAAGCGAUCCUUUCGGUGAACCAUGCUCAUCACCGCCCGUUUCAUCAAGAACAACGGCCCAGUGGACUACAUGUCGGGAACUAGAGUAUACCGUAGAUGGGCACAGUGACGAAGGGAAAGCAGGGGACACCAAAAAUGACACGUCAGGUUGGGAACGCACUUCCUCCCGCAAGGGCAUCGAAAAGGAAACCCAGAAAACGGGCACGAAGAAACGGCCAUUACUUCUCCCGCCGAUCAUGCUGCCUCCUAUCUACACUGUUAAGCCAAAGCCGAUGCGCCUUCGUGAACAGAUGUUCUCUCUGACUCCGACCUCGCGUAACCUGCAGACCAUUUCGGACGACGAGUGGGCAAAGCUUACAGACUGUCGCUAUCUCCGGCUCAGAUUCAAUAAGGAGGCGGCUGUGAAGGUUGGUUCAUCAGCCGGGAGAUAAUUCUGCGAGAAUAAACGACAAAGGAAGGAGAGAAAAAAAAGUACCAGUAGAAACCACCCAACAGACCACGGCCAUUGGGUCACGGCCACACGCCAGCCAACCUUCUCGCGUCG